GUCGGAAAGCACGUCCAUUCCACUUUACAUCCGCUACUCCAAGAUUUACUAUGUAAGCUAUCCAGGCACGCUAGCCACGAAAAUGACCAGCGAAAACUGGAAACCGGUUCGACCCUAAACGCGAGUACAAUAUACGCGGUUGUGCCAGUGAUUAUGGGCCUAGUAGCCCUAUUCCUCUUGGCCCUUGUAGGGUCCGCUGCCUUGGAACAAGACGAGGACAUUCCUCACAACGAAGUUAGAAAUUGGGCCUUACAAUUUGGCGUAGGCCUGUGGGAAUACGGCAAAAUGAUGACAAAAAUGAACGAAUUACAAAGGAAAUACCACGACGUAGAUAUAAACGUAGUUAGGAAAGAUGGACUGAUUUUAAUAAGAGAAAUGGCAACCGAAGUUAAAAACAUGAUGGAUUUUAAAAUGAGCGCUGUCAUGCGCAUUAUGGACUCAGCUGAACAAGCUGCCUUAGCUUGGAGGCCUGAUGGUACAACCUCAACACCUCGCUAUUACAACGCUGAAAGACUUAAUGCUUUUGCUCCUGAUGGUCGACCAGCUGACGGUACUAAAGAACUAGUACUCACACCAAACCCCCACUUCGAUCACCUCCCUGUCAAUGUCAGUCUUAGUACAGUCUUAACACCCUCAAACGUACAAGACUCUGAUUCUGAGGUGGCUGGAGCUAUUCAAUGGUCCUCUCAUUUAGACCCACUCUUCGUCAGCAACUACGAAGGAGAUCCGUCGUUGUCCUGGCAAUUUUUCGGUAGUUCCUCAGGGUUUCUUCGACGGUACCCUGGAAUAGCUUGGCCCCCGGAAGACUUGUCAACCUUACAAGAAUCCAGAGCAGGACGUAGGCCCUACGAUUUCAGAUCAGCAGCUUGGUACGUGGGAGCCGCCACCUCACCAAAAGACAUAGCGAUUUUGCUUGAUGCCUCUGGCUCGAUGGUGGGACACAGAGGCAAUUUAGGAAGAGCUGCAGUAGAGGCAAUUCUGGAUACGUUGACAGAUAACGAUUUCGUGAACGUUUUUAAAUUUUCUGAUGAAACGAUCGAGACCUUGCCAUGCUUCAGGGAUCAGUUGGUUCAGGCCACAGAGGAAAAUAUUAGGUGGCUAAAAGACUCUUUGGGAACAAUUAAGCAAGAAAACAUCGCAAACUUUUCUUCAGCAUUAAUUACAGGUUUCGAAAUACUUCACAAGUAUAACAGAACUGGACAGGGGUGCCAAUGUAAUCAAGCUAUAAUGUUGGUAACAGAUGGACCACCAUCUACAUACAAAGAUAUUUUCAAAAUUUAUAAUUUUCCUCAUAGACCAGUUCGAAUAUUUACUUAUCUGAUUGGAUCUGAUACAAGUAGCGCCAACGACAUGCAUUGGAUGGCUUGCGAAAAUAAAGGGUACUAUGCCAGAAUUCAAAGCUAUGACGAAAUAAAACAAAAAGUCCUACAUUAUAUUGAGGUGAUGGCUAGACCUAUGGUGAUGUACCAAAAUGACCACCCUGUGUACUGGACACCAGCCUACGUGGGUGGCAGGGCUGAUAGCUUUUCCGAUGAUAAAAUAGGGCAGUUGAUGACAACAGUAACAACUCCGGUAUUUGAUCGAAGGAAUCAUUCGGUACGUUUAGCAAACGUUCUGGGAGUCGUUGGUACCGAUGUUUCCAUCGAUGAAAUAAGGAAACUUGUGCCCCCAUAUAAACUCGGUGUUAAUGGUUACUCGUUUAUAGUAAACAACAAUGGGCACGUCUUGUACCAUCCAAACCUAAAACCACCGAAAACAAGCGAACAAUACGAGGAUAGUCUCGAACCUCAGUAUAUCUCUGUCGAUUUAUCAGAAGCUGAGUUAAUAGAAAAUGAAAAUGGUCCUAGAGAAAAUCACAGCGCCCUCUUAGAUAUAUUUCAGCUAAGACAAGAUAUGAUCAAUCAAAAGGAGGGUGAGACGGAACUGAGUGUGAAAAUCCAUUACGAUGACAUGAGGCGAGUCACUACAAGGAGGUAUAAAUAUUUCUACAACCCCAUAGAAGGUACGCCAUUUUCUCUGGGGUUGGCCAUCCCUGAAGGUUACGGGAUGUACGAACUCCUUGCCGAACAAGAAAUAAAACACAGCCAGAAAAACGGUAAGAAAAUAACGGAUUACUUCAAGGGAAAUAAUUGGAGGGUGCAUCCAGAUUGGGUGUACUGUGAAUAUACUGCCAGCACUUCAGGAGAACAGUGGUUCAAAACAGCAGAAGAACGUGUUCUGCAUUUUCUAUCCAGAAGUAGAAGGCCUGGCUGGAAAUGGAUGUCGUUGAGACCUAGAUCGCCCUUACAAAGAGAACACCAUCAUUUUUCACCCAAACAAGACAAAGAUGCUUAUUAUUGCGAUAAAACUUUAUUACAGUCUUUAGUUUUGGACGCCAUGGUAACGGAGAGUCUGGAGAAGCACAGGCCGCGAAUGGAAGAUAAGCACCCUAUUGGCACUCUUUUGGUACAGUUACAAAGCCAAGGAUAUGACAUCUUCGGUCGAACAAUCUCUUUUGUGGCAACUAGAAGCGGAUUGUUACGCUGGACUAAUUUCACAAACGUUGAAUCUGAUGACCCGCCAUUUAGCCAAAGAAAUGCUAGAGCUCUUGACGAAUCAUGGUACAGACGAGCAGUAGAUCAACAUUCCAUCGAGCCAGAAAGCUUCGUUUUUUCUGUACCCUUUGCUGACCGCUUGACCAACGCUCCUACUACAAGUAGAGUACUCCUCACGGCGGCCCAUGCUGUAUUCGUAGAGCACAAGGGCCACAGAGCCCCCGCAGCUGUGGUAGGUCUUCAGUACCAACACGCUUCUAUAGCUGCCCAUUUCUUAAAUAUCACUUCCAAGUGUACUGGUUCAUCAGCUUGCAAGAAAACAUGUGCUAGUGACAAAUUAGACUGCUACGUGCUUGACAAUAACGGCUUCAUAAUUAUAUCAGAAAAUAACGAGCAUACUGGUAGAUUCUUUGGGCAAAUCGACGGUACCAUCAUGGAUUCUCUGGUUCAGGACAGGAUAUACAAAAAAGUCGCUGUCUACGACUAUCAAGGCUCUUGCUCAAACAGCAAGUAUCAUUUCAGUGGAAAAGCUAGCAAGCUACAACCAAUAGGUCCAGUAAAUUUGGUCUUCAACUUCAUGAUUCAUGUAGUCUUGAUGCUCUUCUCCAAAAUUAAAUCAGUAUAUGCCACGGCCCUUGCAUAUUCCCAAGAAGAAGACGAGAUAAUUUACGAGUACGAAUAUAAUGUUGGGGAGGAUUUAGAUGAGAAAAAUCCUAUACCAGCUCCUCCAAUUGAUUUUGUGCCACCUUUCGAAUCUGAUCCUUUGGAGGGAGUAGAUUUGGGCCAAUGGGGCAAAAGACCGUGCGAUAGGAAAGUGGAGCUGUACGCUUUACAACCACAAAGGCUUAAUACCAGUGGCCAGAACAACCCUCUCAAAGGAAAACUCACCAACUGCCAUGUAACAGGUUGUGAAAGGCCUUUUAGCGUUCAGAAAAUUCCUCACAGCAACUUGAUUCUGUUAGCUGUUGAUACUCUAUGUCCUUGUGGAAGUAAGCAGCUCAGUAUCACACCCCAGGAGUUGGCGUAUGAAUCCAGGGAGCAGAGUGGUUGUGCCCAUAGACCUAGACCAGGACUAUACAGAAGAAGACCACCAAAAUGCAUUAACUAUCAUCCUGAGGAAAUUGAAAUCCACAUUUGUGGAGAAGCUACAAUAAUAACCCUGAAUAUGUUGGCGUUGAUCUUGGGUGUUAUACACUGUAUGUUCGCAUUUUUGUCGUGAUCAUGUGUACUAAACUAGGCCUCUAAAAUUUAAGUAGUUUUGUAAGGGUAAAAACCUAGAAAUCGACGUAACAUAUUGUGAAAUGCUCAUAUCAUUUUAACCCAAAAUAUUAGAAAAAAAAACAAUUUAUUUGGAACCUAUUAUAAAUUCCUUUGCGUUCUUAGUUUUGUACGGUCUUAUAUACGAGAAAAGAAUAAACUAAAGUAAGGACAAAUUGUAAAUAUUAUUAAAUGUUGUAGAGAAAAUCUUCACAAUUAUUAUCUUAGAAGAAUGAAUAUUUUUUAAAACAAAAUUAUCCUAGAAAGGAAUGAAAAUAAGGGAAUGACAAUAACCUAAUAUGUUUUUUUGCAAAUUUUUAUAUUCGUAUUGUUUAUACCUUAUACAAACUACAAUAGUAAUAAAUAUAGACAUAUAGAGUAAGACUCGAUGAGUAUCUCAAAACCGAAAUAAUUUGUUUUGACACAAACAAAACACCUUUAUCCGUCAAUUUUGUUGAUUAUUAGUGUAAUAUACGUAAAUUCUAAAUGAUAGCCACGCGGCUAUAACUGCUAUUAUAUCAACUUAAAUUAUAUAUAUUAGUAUAUAUCUUUAGAUGUCAGAUAUCAAAAAAUAAAAUAAAAUACGAAAUUCUAUGAGGUUUGUCCUAUAUGCAAUGUUUCAAACGUUUCAAAAUUAAAGCUCUUUUGGCUUGCUAUAUAACUUUAUGAUGAACAUUUUGUAUAACUAAAAGAACUUCUUUUUUACGACAUAAUUUUAAUGAAAAAAAAUAACGAAAUAUCACAAGUUGUAGCAAAUUAUAUUUGGGUCACUGAAAAUUGAGGAAAAAUUACCACAAGUAUUUUCUAACUUUAUUUACUUGUGAGUGUAAAAAAAACAAUUUCGUUAAAUUUUCAUUGGUAAUUUCCUCAAAUUUUUGUCAUCCUAUAUUUAGACACGUAAGAACAAUUCAUUUUUAUAUGACAAUACUGUUUAAAAUAAAUCUGUGAAUAUUUAUUAUACAGGUUGUAGUUGAAUAGUGGAAUAAUAUGUUAUGUAAAUAAUAAAAGUACAUAAUUAAAUUAACUAUAGAAAAAUUACUAAAAAUUUCUGUUAAGUUUUUAUAACUUUUAUCGAGUAAAACACUUAUUGAAAAUGCGGAUUAGAUCCGUUUUGAAAAAUUUAACGCUGUUACUAGUCGAUCCUCAAAAUUUUCAUUCAUCCAGUGGUGUAGCUAGAGAAGAUAUGCCAGGGAAUAAUUCACUAUAACAUAAACUGCUCCAAUAUCAAUUUGCUAUAAUAUGACUACACGACUACACUGUUAUAUACAAAAUAAUGGCCUACAAAUAUUUAAUUCGAGAUUUCUCCCUAUUUACACAUUUCUAGCUACGCCACUGUAAAAAUCAUCACUUUUCACUUUCUGUCAUAAUAAAUGUUAAUUUUUCAUUUCACCACUCCAGGUUUGCUGUCUUAUGAUUAUAGGUAAAUAUAUGGAAAGGCUUUGAUGAAAAAACUACGAUAAGUGUCUAUUCAUGUCUGAAAUUUUCUUUCAAACUAGAAAACUUCUUUCAAUUUCGUAUAACAGCAACAGUUUUUACUUCAAGAAAUAUUGUAAUAGUGCCAGAAAAAUAGAAAGCACCUCUUUUCGCAGAUGGAAAUUACAUUAGUUCUAAAAGUUUCUUGUAAAAUACAAAACUUUUAUCAGAAAAAAAUUAAUUCGAAACAUUUCAGACCGAAUAGGAAAAUUUUCGAUUCAAUUUGAUGCGCAGCCAUAUUCAAGGUUGCUGCGUAGUAAUAAAUAAGCUACUUUACUUACCG